AAUAUUAAACAAUCAAUCAAAAUCAACUGCAUAUGCUUGAACUAACCAAAUAGUUUAUAAGAGCAUUACAGCUAUUUGUACAAAACCCUAACUGUAAUCAAUAAAUAUGUAUAACAUGUCCAUGUCUAACACUGCAGCGAAAAACACCCCACAACCAACUAAAACGCUUCUCUCACGUUGCGGCACACUGCUACUAGAGCUUAGCUUUCGCACACACUUGCUUGUAUCUAUAGCAUUGCGUUUGCUACUUAUCACCUACGGCCAUUGGCAUGACGCGCACUCAGAGGUGCCCUACACAGACAUCGACUACAAAGUGGUCACUGAUGGUGCGCGGCAUGUGCUGCAAAAUGCCAGCCCUUUUAAUCGACACACCUACCGCUACAGUCCCAUUUUGGCAUAUAUGCAGCUGCCCAAUGUGCUGCUACAUCCAGCCGUCGGCAAAGUCAUCUAUGCUGCAUUCGAUAUAUUUGUGGCGAUAUUGAUUUACUUGCUUGUGCGUCUGCAAUUACAAGUGCAAUGCCGCAAAGCGGUGCAUGCAUUGCUGAGUAAGUUUGGCAAAAUCAGAACGGCGCAACAGUACAAUGAAACCGAUGCACGUAAUCGACCGGAGAAUAUUGCACGUGCCAGCGCUUGCUUUUGGCUCUACAAUCCACUAACGGCGAUCAUAUCGACACGCGGCAAUGGUGAUAGCUUCUCCAGCUUCUUUGUUAUCUUAACUGUAUAUUUGUUGGUAAAAUCCGAAGAUACGGAACGCGGUGCGAACUGGUUAAUAUUCGCCGCCGGCCUAACACAUGGCUUCGCCAUACAUUUACGCCUCUAUCCGUUGCUCUUCAGUCUCGCCUACUAUCUCUGCUUGUCGACGAGCCUAACACGCAGCACACGCGAUCUGCUGCGACAACUUUUAUUUCCCUCAUGCCGCCAAAUGCUAUUAGUUGUGGGUACGUGUAUCGCGCUCUUCGCAGUUACCGGGUUCUUCUACACGCUGUACGGUUGGCAGUAUAUACACGAAGCGUAUUUGUAUCAUUUUGUGCGACGCGAUGUGCGACAUAACUUUUCGCUCUACUUCCUAUUGCAAUACCUAAGUGGCAAUGCGACAGAAACAUCGCUGCUGGAGAAACUGCUCAUAUUGGCACCACAACUAGGCUUAUUGCUCUAUUUGAGCUUCAGUUUUGGACAGUUUCGUCAGACGCUCACAUUCUGUGUGUUUGCGUUGGCCUUCGUUAUGGUCACUUUCAAUUCGGUGGUGACGUCGCAAUACUUCGUUUGGUAUUUGGCGCUGCUGCCGUUAUGCCUCAAUAAUUUACAAGCGAUUUCGCUGUCGCGUGCUUUCAUCUAUUUCGGUACAUGGCUGUUGGGGCAAGCGUUGUGGUUGCUACCCGCCUAUUUGUUGGAAUUCAAGACCUGGAACACAUUCUACUGGAUUGGCGCGCAAGGUGCUUUAUUCUUCUUAAUCAACAGUUAUCUGCUAAUGCGUCUGAUUGAACACUACAGCUUUACAUCAUUUAAGGUGAACUUUAAAAAACUCUUUUAAAUUUACAUAUAUACAUAUAGUACUAAACACACAUACACAUAUGGACACUUGAA